UGUGUUUUAUAAUGAGGGAUCAUAGCUUUGGAACCAGUGCACCAAUAAUAAUAUAACAUCGUAUCAUAUCCGACCUCGACAGACCAACCCCACAUGGCCUUAAAUCAAACCUAUCCGAUCCAGCUCCGCCCAUCUCCGCCAUGGCCACCUCUCUCUCCUCCGCCGCUCUCUCCUCCUUCCUGCCGAGCUGCCGCCAGCCCGACCACCGUGCAAUCACCCCCCAGGUGUCCCUCCUCAAAUGCUUCCUGAAGACCGAGAAAUCGCCACACCCUCUUCACAUUUGCCGGGUCCUGUCCAAAGCGCCGAGCGACCAUGCACCGUUCGCCAUCGAACACGACGAGGACGUCCUCGAAAGAGAGAGGUACGGCGGAUCAGUAGAUCUAGACGGCGAAGGGGGAGCGAGGCCGGCCGCCCUGCUGCCCGAGAGACGGUUGUCCGACGUGUGGCGCGAGAUCCACGGCGAGGACGACUGGGUGGGCAUGCUCGACCCGAUGGACCCGCUCCUGAGAUCCGAGCUCAUUCGGUACGGCGAGAUGGCGCAAGCGUGCUACGACGCGUUCGACUUCGAGCCCUUCUCCAAGUACUGCGGAAGCUGCAGGUACGGGAAGCACGAGUUUUUCGAGCGCCUCGACAUGAAGGACCGGCCCGGGUACGACGUCACGCGGUACCUGUACGCGACGUCGAACAUAAACCUGCCCAACUUCUUCAUGAAGUCGCGGUGGCCCAAGGUGUGGAGCAAGCACGCGAACUGGAUCGGGUACAUGGCGGUCUCGGACGACGAGACCACGCGGCGGCUGGGGAGGCGGGACAUCGUCGUCGCGUGGAGGGGGACGGUCACGAGGCUGGAGUGGGUGGCGGACCUAAUGGACUUCCUCGUGCCGGUGAGCUCGCAGAGGGUGCCGUGCCCGGACCCGGCCGUGAAGGCCGAGUCCGGGUUCUUGAGCCUGUACACGGACAAGGAGGACGACUGCAAGUUCGCCAAGUACUCGGCUAGGGAACAAAUCCUGACGGAAGUGAAGCGCCUGAUCGAGAAGUACCCCGACGAGGAGCUCAGCAUCACCGUGACGGGCCACAGCCUGGGGAGCGCGCUGGCCGUGUUGAGCGCGUACGACAUCGCUGAGACGGGCAUCAACGUGAGGCAGGACAGCCGGGCCGUCCCGGUUUGCGUGUUCUCCUUCGCGGGGCCCCGGGUCGGGAACGCGCGGUUCAAGGAGCGGGCGGAGGUGCUCGGGGUGAAGGUGCUGAGGGUGGUAAACGUGCACGACAUGGUGCCCAAGUCGCCGGGCCUGGUGUUCAACGAGCGGUUGCCGCGGGCGGUGAUGAAGCUCGCGGGGGGGCUGCCGUGGAGCUACUCGCACGUCGGGGCGGAGCUGGAGCUGGACCACGAGCGCUCGCCCUUCCUCAAGCCGACCGGGGACCCUGCCUGCGCCCACAACCUGGAGGCUCACCUCCAUCUGCUCGACGGGUACCACGGGAAAGGGCAGAGGUUUGUGCUGGCGAGCGGGAGAGAUCCGGCGCUGGUGAACAAAGACGCCGACUUUCUGAAGGAUCACCACCUGGUCCCACCUUUCUGGAGGCAAGGCCACAACAAGGGCCUCGUCAGGAACCACGAGGGCCGUUGGAUGCAGCCCGAACGUCCCAAGCCGGAGGAUCACCCUGCUUUCAUGGACCAUCACGUGGAGCAGUUGGGCCUCCAUAAUGGUCGCGCUUGAUCAAAAUAAAUAAGGGAUGAGCCACAUAAAUAAUUCAUGAAUUUUAAU